AUGACCACAACUAUGACUUCUACGGCAUCGCCACCUCCGCCGCAGCAGGAUGACUCUGCGUCCAAUCUAGCGGUCUUACCUCCCAUCGUCACGGAUGCCACUGUCAAGCGACCCAUUCGUCAGCGAUCAUCUUCAUAUGCGAAAGACCGCCUUUCCACGCACUCCAACGUUUCCCUAGCCUCUCAAAACCGGUCGCGCCCCGGUUCGCAUGUUUUCCCCGUCUUCCAUUCCAGCUUGCCGUAUGCUCUAGUACGAGAUUUCGCAUACCCAUCAAUCCAUCCCCUACACUACGGUCCAUUGCCACCACGUGCGUCUGGGGUGUCAACCCCAGUGAGUGAGCAGCGACGUCUGUCCGAUCCUCCGGCUCCGUGGGAUAGCUCGCGGGGACAGUGGUCAACUGGGCCAUGGAGCACCGACCACAGCUACGGGCACCAACAACUCCCCGCUAUGUCGUUCGGUGACGGCCCACCAUACAGCGAGGAUGAAGAUCUCCAUAGUCCGGUAUUUUCUGCACCUCGCCACCGGAAGAACAAGUCCACGGGCACAGAUCUAAAUGGUGGGCGAAAGAGAAGCCCUAGUCGCCCAGGGGCCACAGGUUAUUUGGGAGAUACUGAUCGUGGGAUGUAUGUCAGUACCAACGCGGACGGAAGCGAGACAUACUAUGUGAAUGACGAGGAUGAAAUAGAUGACGGCCCUGGCGGCGAGUAUGUCACCUACCCGGUAAAUGAGAGCCGAUACUCAUAUGCGGGGACAUAUGGGAACUAUGCAAGCUAUGGCCCUGACGUGGAAUAUGAAUCGGAGGAUGGGUGUGCUGAUGAUCGGUAUAAUGGCGACUUCCAAUUUGCUGUAGGAUGUCCGGAUGAAGAAAUGCACGGAAAGGCGGUUGCACUUUUCGAUUUCACUAGGGAACACGAAAACGAACUUCCCCUGACAGAGGGCCAGGUAAUAUUCGUUUCUUAUAGGCAUGGCCAAGGUUGGCUUGUUGCGGAGGACCCGCGGACUGGGGAAAGUGGCUUGGUGCCCGAAGAAUUCGUUCGUCUACUUCGCGAUAUAGAAGGGGGUCUGACAUCGUUGAAUGGUGAUCCGGAAUUCUUGGACGACACUCACCCUAACCACGAUUCGACCGAAAUCCACCAGGCGAUGGCACCCGCUCAGGAUGACCACCCGAGCUAUGUCGCUAAUGGCGAGAAGAAGGAUGACAACGAGCAAGGGGUUGAUACGAAAGAAAGACAAGAAAAGGUAUAUACACAUUCCCCAAACACCAUCACAAUUCACCCACCAGAACCCCGAACAACAGACCCUCCAUCCAACUCAGCAACAACCGUCCUCUGGCCCUCCAACUCCGACACCAUACCAGCCCGCUUCUCACCCCCAACCCCAACCAACCCCCCUGCACUAUUAACCCCGUCCAUCUCAUGCAGCGCCGCCGCCCCCUGCGCAUCCAUCUCCUGCCUCAUACUCCCUUCAAGCAUCGGCACAUCCUUCCCCCCAUCCUCCCCCAUAACCGGCUUAUCGGCCGCCGAAACAGGUCCCUGGACAUCCGGACCCUCCUGUACAACAUCUCCGUCUUUCUUCCGCCUUCGAAAGAAAAGAAACAAGGCAAUAACUCCCAGGAGGAAUACCGCGCCAACCACACCGCCGACUAUCCCUCCUAUCUGGGACCCCGAGAGUCCUUGUGUUGAUUGUGUGGCUGGUGCUGUCGCUGACGUGGUUGGCGAUGAGGUCGAUGGUGUUGUAGUUGUGGAAGUGGAGUUUGAUGUCGAUGUUGGAGAAGUAGAAGAUGUAGAUGCGGAGGACGUCGUCGAGGUCCCGUUUGUCAUGUUGUCGUAUGCCACGCAACAUUGGAUGGAGCUUAUCCCCGGACACGGCCAGGAGGGCUAUUGUCAUCAUUAG